CUUCGCUCAAUGCACCACUUCAGGCGAAAAAACUCUCUCUCUCUCUCUCUCUCUCUCUCACUCUGUGUCACCAUCUCCGAUCAACCGAAAAUGAAGAAAUUUUCUUACUCAGCCCUAUCGCUCGUGGUGGUAGUGGUGGUGGUGAUGGCAUUUGAGGUGCGCUUGUCAAAUGCUGUGACCUGUAGCCCUCUGGCGCUGAGUCCAUGCCUGCCGGCGAUUAACUCAUCGUCCCCGCCGUCGAAUGAUUGCUGCGUCAAGUUAAGAGAGCAAAAGCCUUGUCUUUGCGGAUACUUGAAGAAUCCAAGCCUGAAACAGUAUGUGUCUUCUCCUGGUGCAAGAAGAGUUGCUAACAGCUGUGGUGUUCCUAUCCCAACCUGUUAAUUCAUUAAAUUAAACUAAUGAAUAAUUAAGCAGAGCCAAAAUAAAUAAUUAUAAAUAUGUAUUGGAAAAUAAAAUCUUUGAGGGACAAAUCACAUAUAGUGAUUGGAGGACUUUAUGUAGUUGAAUCUCUACUGUUAUAUUAAUAAAUUAUAGCGAAAAUAUUUGUUAUAUCUUUUUAUUAAUACAGGCAGAAUUUUUACUA